GGGAUAUCAGACGGAGAUAGGGAGAAAAGGUGAGGAGGACAGAAGAUACAGUGCCUGAGGAAAGUGGAGAGAGAGCUUGAGGAAAAGUGGAGGAAGGGAAGAGGGGGUCGAUCCAGAGAGAGAGAGAGAGAGAGAGAGAGAGAGAGGGAGAGAGAGAGAGAGGGUGCAUCAGAUGGUCCCGUGGCGCGUGCGUGUUGAUAAGAAGAGCAGCAAGUCUCGACUCAACUCACCCUUCGCAAAAGUGUCAGUGGUGUGUCAGGACGUGGUAGGGAGGAGAACGUUGCUCUGCCGCUGCCCGAGUGAAAUAAUAAUUUAAGUCACCCUUCGAGGAGACGUGCGCCCGAUUAACCGAAGCGUGACUGAAACAGGUGGAAAUAAUUAACGUGAAGUGCUCGGGAGGAUAAAGAAACGCCUUCACUUGUAUAUCGCUAAUGGAAUGAAAAAUGCGUGAGGUUUAAACAUGGAGAAAGUGUUACCGAGGACCAGAGAAUAAAAAGGACAAGCUGAACUGAACGAAAAGAAGUGAACCGCCCACCUCUCGAAAUGGCAAGUUACUAAACCCAAUGAAACAGGCCCAAGUGAACUAUCCUUACCGAAACAUCUGAACUGAGCGAUGUGUAGUGGAAUGAUGCACCUGCUGAACGCUGCUUACUGGGAAAUUUUGACCACUUGUUACAAGUUUAUUUAUAUGGGAUUAUAUAACGUGGUGGAAUAAUCUUGCAGUGAGCGAUACAAAGUGAAAAGAUUAGAGUGAAGUGAAGGAGAAACGGAAAAAAAAAAAACUUUGGCAGGAAAAAUAAUCAACUAACAGAACGAAAAGAACGAGAAAAAUCCAAAUAAAGUGAAACUCGGAAUGCAAAAAAAUAAACAGAAGCCAGACGAGCGGAGAUAAAAAGGAGAAAAUCAAUAACGAAAAAUGAAAAAUACGACUAUAAGAAAUUGAUAUGAAAACAGAUUAUGAAAAAUAUAAUAUACAAACAAGACAGUAAACGAUAAAACAUAAAUACGUGAAAAAAAUACAUUUAAUCAGAGAACAUACAAAGGAAAAGAAGCUGCAAAAAAAAAAUAAAAAUAAAGAAAACUUACAGAAACAGAAGAUAAAUAAAGAAAGAGAAGGAACAAGAACAAGAACACACGAAGGAGUAUAAUAGAGGAAAGAACACACGAAAAAAAAAAUAGAAAAAGGAGGAAAGAAAAUUGAUAAAGAUGGCAAAAUAAAAUAAACCCACAAAAAACAGAGCAGUGAAUAAAGCAGAGGAGAUAAAAAAAAACAGAAAAAUAAAGAAGAUAGAAAAAAUAAACUGUUAAAUACGAAACUAAAACAGAAGAGAAGUUAAAAAAAAAAGCUAGCAAAAUUGAGAAAAAAAAUAGAACAUAACAAAAAUAUAACAAAAGAAAACGUAAGAAACAAAACAAAAGAAAACAAAGAAGAAACGAAAAGAAAAUUAGAAGGAAAAGGAAAUAGAAGUAGAAAACAGAAUAAAACACAAGAGAGAAAGAACGAAAAGGGAAAGAUAAACAGAAGUAAAAAAGAAACGCAAUAAAACACAAAAGAGAAAGGAAGAAAAGGAAAAAAGAAAACAGAAGGGAUAGAAGUUAGAAAAAAACUGAAUAAAACAAGAGAGAGAGAGAGAGAGAGAAAGAGAGAGAGAGAGAGAGAGAGAGAGAGAGAGAGAGAGAGAGAGAGAGGCAGUAACAAGACCAGUAGGGAAGGCAGCAGAAACCUAACAGAUCCUGGAACACUGAAACAAAAAUGGAAACUAUUACAGAAAACAGUCUUCAGAGUCCCCAGGAGGAGCGAAGGAACGAAACACGAGACACCGCCCAGAAGACAGGCAUGGCCGAGGACGCGAGGGUCUCUCCAACUGACCAGGAGGGAGACAGGGAAGACAGACAAAAAGAUGGACAGAAAACUAGCGGGCUUCCAAGUCUUCCCUCCUGCGAUGAUGAUGGAGGAGGUGAAGGAGGCGAAGGAGGAGGAGGUGAAGGAGGUGGGGAUAAAGAGGAGGAUGUUCAGGAUACCACUACCUCCUCCUCCACAUGUACAGAAGACCAGGUCAGCGCCCCCAGCAGUGCAGACACGGCACAAGCCUCCUCCAGUGGCAGUUGUAAGGGAGCCACGCCCCCCACGUCACUCCCUCUGGCGCCCAAGAGUAACAUGAAACCCCCCGCCAAGAACUGCUUCAGGCUUGUGGUCCUUGGCGCCUCCAGGGUGGGCAAGACCUCCAUCGUGUCCAGGUUCCUGAAUAACAAGUUUGAGGAGUCCUACACGCCCACCAUUGAGGACUUCCACCGCAAACUGUACAGGAUCCGCGGAGACGUGUACCAGCUGGACAUCUUAGAUACGUCAGGCAACCAUCCUUUUCCAGCCAUGCGCAGACUCUCCUUUCUCACAGGUGACCUCUUCAUCUUGGUGUUCUCGUGGGACUCCCGGGAUUCCUGGAAUGAGAUUCUACGUCUAAGGGAGCAGAUUGUUGAAACCAAGCAAUGUGUCACGUCCUCGCUUUCCGGCAGCCGCAGGAGAUUGAGGGGCGGCGUGACGCGAGUUCCGAUGGUGAUUGCAGGGAACAAGGUGGACAAGGAACACAGGGUUGUGACAGCGGAGGAGGUGCAAAAGUUCGUGUCCUCGUUGUCCUGCUGUGCCUACGUGGACGCUUCGGCCAAGAUGAAUUACAAUGUGGAUAAGCUGUUCUACGAAUUGUUUGUCUUGGCUAACCUCCCUAUGGAGAUGUCGCCAGCUCUGCAUAAGCGAGUGUGCCCCAUCCAGCAAGGACAGACCACCGCCACCUCCUGCCCAGUCGGUAUUCCAGGGAGCUCCGGGAGGCAUCGAGGUUUGUCAAUACGCAGAAGACUCAGUGAUGCGUAUGGUAUGGUGGCGCCGAACGUACGCAGGCCUUCCAUACGCACUGAUCUCCUCAUCCUCCGCGCUAAAACUAGUCUUCAUUUAACUGGUCUAGAUACGUUUACAGAGAAGAAACCAAGGAAGGAAGUCUCUUGUGUUAUCCAGUGAGGAUGUGCGUGUGUGUGUGUGUGUGUGUGUGUGUGUGUGUGUGUGUGUGUGCGUGUGGGUACCCAGGUGUCGUGGGUGAUUAAUAAGCGCGCACAGGUGUCUCGUUACGGCAGGUGUGUCUAGCCGUUGGUAAUGAGGCGUCAGUGAGGUGAGGUCAGAUAGUGGCUUGUGUUCCGAAACGCUUUGGAGUUAUGAUAGUUUCCAGAAGCCACGUAAGUAAUUAGUCAGCUCCUCAUGAGUGUCUUUCUUAUGGAAAACGUAGAUUUCUUCUUUAACUAUCGCUAGGGUCAUAAGUAAAAACUCUUGAAAAUCCCGUGACUUCCAUUCGAGGCUUUUAAAUUAUCUCUAGAAUCAUUAAAACCUUGGAAACUCGAGUAGCUUCCACUAGACCUUGUUAGAUUAUCACUAGAACCACUAAAACACCCAUGAAAACUCAAAGUAUUACUAAUUAUCACAAACACCCCUUAAAAUCCAUAUAACUUCCAUAAACGCCACCAAACUGUCCCUAAUAACACCAAAAACACUCUUGAAUCUCCAGAUAACUUCUACUACAGCCUUUUAAACCCUCAUUAAUCACUACAACACUUUUGAAAACCACUUAGAACUUCGAUGGAGCCGUUUAGUCACUACUACUACUUGAAAAUUCAGAACUUUCCACUAGACUAGAGUUUUUUCAAAGUCGUCGAGAUGGGACUCUGGAACGUUUUAGAACACGAACCACUGCAACAUCCCGACGUCGAGAUGGGACUCUGGAGCGUUUUAGAACACGAACCACUGCAACAUCCCGACGUCGACAUGGGACUCUGGAACGUUUUAGAACACGAACCACUGCAACAUCCCGACAGGUAAACCGAAACACUUGUGGCAUUUUUAACACUUGUUUCUCACACCUGUGCUGUACGGGGCUACAUAGUAUAUCUAAUUACCGUGUGCUAUCAACAGGAGAAGGGAAAAAAAAUAAUAAAUCGGUGUACUGUUAAUAAAUGGGAUAAUUAAAUGUGUCACGUGUCAUUAAAAAAAAAUUACUGUGUUCCAUAUAUAUAUAUAUUAAAAAAAAAACAGGCGUACGUAAAGACCUUUUUUGGUUCAAUUGUUAUUAAAGAAAUGUUCAGUGUUCUAAUGAUAUUUCUGUUCAUUUUAGGAUGUCAGUAUUGUUCUAUUUUGUUCUUCAGGUGUUUAGAUGAUCCAUAGUGAUGAUGAUGAUGAUGAUGAUGAUGAUGAUGAUGAUGAUGAUGGAGUUGAUGUUUAUAUAAUAAUAAUAAUAAUAAUAAUAAUAAUAAUAAUAAUAAUAAUGAUAAUAAUAAUAAUAAUAAUAAUAAUAAUAAUAAUGAUAAUAAUAAUAAAAUGACCAUCAAUGUUAUUUGUUGUUCAUUAUGAAUUCUUGACAUAAUCAUCGAAAAACUGUUUAUAGGUUUCGUGAAUGUCACUCUCUAGUCUCGUUUUAUUUCCAAAGAUGAUAACACAAUAAACAAAUAAAGAAAUAAGGAAAAGAAAAAGACAAAUAAAUUAUACCUGAACGUUUUACAAUCGAAAAAUCUUAAUGCACUCAAUACACAUUCUGAACCAAAGCAUUCGCCCAGGAACAGGAAUCAAAAUACAUACACUCACUCAUUCACUGCAUCACUCACCUCACUCGUCACCAUCGGUCACCAUCACAGCUCAAUACCUCACAAAACUACCGACAAACCAACUAAACCAAAAUAAACAAUAACAAUAAUAAUAAAGAAAACAAAAAUUAAAUCAUAAAAUCAACAGUAAUUAUAGGAAAUAGUCACGUAAGCUGUAAACUUUGUACUAUUUUUGUUAUGCUCAAAAAAUAAAUAAAAAUAUUAAAAAAAUACACACAUAUAUACGUACAAUAAACAUAUAUGAGCUUCACGUCUUAAUGGUAAACGUAUGUAUGUAAGGAAACUAUUUAUGAUACCUGUCAAUAUAUUAAUAAAAAACAUGUCUAGAAC